AUGUCACUGAAUCAAUCCUGCCGGACGCCCGUGAAAGGAGAGUGCAUGAAACAAGGUCAAGUCCAAAACAAGCCACCAAACAUCAUUUUUCUUGUCACACCUCCCUCCUCUAAAGUAGAUGUACUUUGUCAUUCUCAUGGUAACAUUCAGAAGGUACUCCUCUAUAACUACUUUGUCAAUAUUGGCAUGCCCGUCGCAGCGGUAUUAUCUAGAAGUCUAUUUGGUUGCUGUGUAUUUACUCAGCGGCUAAUAAACUGGAGGAGUCCAUUAUCUCGUCUUUUUGGGACCUUCCUCCAUCAGUGGUGGUUGUGGAAGCCAUUUCAUGGGCCCAAAACCAACUGUGCAUCCCUCAGUGUCACUACCAAUGGGUACAAGGAAGUGUUCCGUGUAAUAAAGCACUUCCUGCAGUGGUACAGAGGAUUCAUCAACGGCAAAAUAUCUGAGAAAAGCGAAUGUUUCCAUCAAAGGAGUAGCCAGUCAACAACAAGACGAUCGCUCGAUCCAACUGCGAUUGCUACCACUACGGAGACAACAACAACGACAAACCGUUAA